AUGUUUAAUAUUUGCAAAAAAAGUGGAAUGUUUCCAAUCUUUUCAACGAUGCCACGUCAACCUCGAUUUGAUGAUGACGAGUUCAAAACAGCACAUUGUAUUCACUUUCAAUCGAUCAAAUUAUUCUCUUGGAUAAUUCCAGAGUUUAUAUUUGAAAGCAAUCAAACAAACGAUAAUAAAACAAGAAAAAUGGCACAGGUGCUCGAUGCUUACGUCAAUAAAUUGGUGAAUAUCGUCACAGGAGAUGGUCGAAUCAUUAUUGGAACAUUACGUGGCUUUGAUCAAGCGAUUAAUAUAAUCUUAGACGAUAGUCAUGAACGUGUAUUUUCUUCAGCUAGCGGCGUCGAACAAGUUCUGCUUGGUCUUUAUAUAAUUCGUGGUGAUAAUGUCGCUUUAAUUGGUGAGAUAGACGAAGACAUGGAUCGAAACAUGGACUUGUCAAGAAUUCGAGCAGAUCCAUUACCAGCUGCUAAAACUUAA